CAUUUUGCAAGGGCAAACAGACAAGAAAAGAGUGGAGAAGAGUACAAUUAGAAACUUAGAAACAAUCAGUUGGUUGAGCUCCCAUUCAAACACCUGCACAGGAGGGAACAAGACAGAAGACUUCAGGGAGCCAACAAAACCUCUUUGAGAAGACUUUGACCCAGAGACGAAGGACAUCCAAAGGCAAAGGGUCAAGAAGCGGCUGAGAGGUGAGAAGAAACUAGAGGAUGUCUUCAUUUGAGGCCCAGGGUCAGUCUCCUCCUCGGUGUGGCCCACAGUUUCCCAGCCUCGGCCAGGAGCCCCCAGAACUCAGCAUGUACGGUGACUGUUACUAUCCUCCUCCCUCGCUGCCGAGUCCUCAGCGCACCACUCCAACCUCCUACGACCUGAGCGACUACACCACCUCCUCCCCAAACCCUUACCUCUGGUUUAACGGCUCUGGGAUCAACACGCCGCCGUACCUGGCCACCACCGGCCCGCCUGGUAAUCCCGGCCCGCCCUUUGUCCCUCAGCACUACGGCAUGCAGAGGCCUUACCUGGGUCCAGCUGGAGCCGGGGGUCCAGGAGGGGAACUGAGCUGGUUCUCUCUGCCCUCCCAAGAAGACCUGAUGAAGCUGGUCAGGCCCCCUUACUCCUACUCGGCUCUCAUCGCCAUGGCCAUCCACGGAGCACCGGACAGGAGGCUGACAUUGAGCCAAAUUUACCAGUACGUCGCUGAUAAUUUCCCUUUCUACAACAAGAGCAAAGCUGGCUGGCAGAAUUCCAUCAGACACAACCUGUCACUUAAUGACUGCUUCAAAAAAGUACCAAGAGAUGAGGAUGAUCCAGGUAAGGGCAACUACUGGACUCUUGAUCCAAACUGUGAAAAAAUGUUUGACAACGGAAACUUCCGUCGCAAAAGGAAGAGGAAGUCCGAUUCCCUCUCCAGUGGCGAUGGCGGUUCAGGGGCACCAGAGUCAGGUGACAGCGAGAGGGGCAGCCCCAAACACUCGGGCAACUCUGCCCUGAACAUCUCCCCCACACCGGACCGGAUUCCCUCCCCGUCGUUGUCAGGUCCCGCUCCGUGCCUGAGCAGCUUCUUGUCCGAGAUGUCUGGAGUGUCUGCAGGAGGAUCGAAUGAAGUGGGAGGCGAUGGGUUGAGCAGGCCGCUGCAGAUCAACCUUAAUUUAGAUGGGCCUCAUAGAUCCACGCAGCCAGGAAGCUUUAGCAGCUACUCCCCCAACUCCGGUGGCCCGGAGUGGGUACCGCAAGUGCCACCUCCCCCUGGGCUCUCCUCCUCACCCACCCACUCCUCCUUAGGUUACACCAGCCCCAUCCUCAGCCAGUACAGCGGCUCCAGCGGGCAUUUCUACCCCACGCUGGGCUCGACAGGGAUCAUCUAUCAUCGCGAGGGCACAGAGGUUUAAUAAGACAUUAAAGGAGGGAAAGUUGUGUUUGAAAAGACUCUUGACAGGGAAUUUCACCUGUCUGUGGUUUAAGAGAUAUUCUGUUAUGACACACACACACACACAAAAGGCAGGCAUGUUUGCGCUGACUGAGACAGUUGCGAUCACCAUAGCGUGUGACAGCAGAGUAGAAAAGCUUUGAUUCCCACAGGAACAGCUGAGUCAGCUGCAGCCGACUACGUUUGCCAUUCCAUGAAACCGUAGUCAGCCUCGCUAUCAGAUCCUCAGUCAGCUUUUAUUCAAACUAAAGGUAGUCCCUAUCAGAUCUGACUCAUUAUUAACCGAUCCUAGAUCUGAUGUGCUGACAUCAGGCCAUUCCACACCGCUAUCUGUGAUUCUUUGAUGGUAUCACAACGCUUACAACGCUCAGACAGCACAUUUAGAGGAGUAGUUAAAUUACACCGUUGUCUACAAAGCGUGUGUUGUCACUGCUGUAAAAGAUCAAGAGCAAGUAUAAAGUAUGGACUUUCUGUUUUUGUUUGUUUGUUUUUUAACAAUCUGAUUAAUUUACAGUCUUGAAGUGUGAUAUACAUUUGCUAAUUGUACUUUGUAAAUAUGUUCAUGUGUUGUGUAAUGUUAUACAUGUCGAUUGUUGGUUUCUCGGUUCAACUUUUAUUGUACAAAAUGGAUUCGUAAUGUACGGCAUAUGCUACGUGUUGUGUUUUUGAUAUGAAUAAAAGGUUUUAGAGUUA